AUGGCCGAAGCCUACGAGCGCGAACAACAAAACAACGCCCUCCUCAACUCCCUCUCCUCCAAAGUCUCCGCCCUGAAAUCCGUCACCAUCGAUAUCUACGAUAAUGCCCGCGAUCAAGAUACGCUGGAUCAUUCGAACCAAGUCUUCUCCUCCCUCUCCACGGACCUAAAAGGUAGCGCGAGCCGCUUGACCCGCAUGGCGCGACAAGGCGAUACGGUUGCCGUGUUGAAGGUCGCUGGCAUUGUGGCCACGAUUGGGUUCGUGUUUUGGAUUAUUUUGAGCUGGAUCUUUUGA